AUGCAGCUCGCUGCACUUGAAAACGAUCCCUCGACGUACGACAGGGCCACGUUGCGAGAGGAAGUCGACGAGGCUCUACCUGACAGUGGUGGCUUGUUCGUAGACAUUACGCUCGCUUCACUCCAGGAGGAAUCCACGGACGUCGAUUGGCUUCAGCUUGAUCAGGAGCUGGAGAACGGACCUUGGCGUGGCGUCUUUGACAAGGACACUUGCGUCCUGGGCGCUGACAUGCAGCUUCUGGCCAAUACGAGGUGA